CUAUGCGUUAUAAUGAUCGAUAAACGUCAAGUGGUAAUGCUUCUUUAUGAUGCUUUGAACUCCGUGCGAUAUCCUGGAAUAGCCCAGGUUGACGUUCAAAAUUUUAAAUCUUGUUUUUUUAGUGAAAACAAUAUAUUUUCAUUACUACGAUGGCUUUAUAUGAAAGGUAUAGAUAAAAUAAACCCAACAGAUAAAACUUUGAAUUUCACUCAAGGAAAUAAAGAUUCAGCUGCAGAUCCACUCGCAGUUGAUGAAAAAUUCCUCAUCAAAUGGUAUUCUCAAUCAGGCAUUUACACCAGUGAAAAAGCAAUUCAGGGUCAAUGUCAAAUAGAUGCGUUCAAUAAUUUAACUGAUUAUAUUAUAAAUGUAAUAUGUUCGAAUACAAAAUUUCUACCUGCAUUGAUAGCCUGGAAUGGUGUUGAAAAAUAUUUUGCUAACCAAAUAAGUUUCACACCGUUAUCUUAUAAUCCAAAGAAAUCAAUUCAAGUCGGUCAUUUUAAGUCGUAUAUAGAGAACAUGAAAAAAUGCGAUAAAACUGAAAAUAAUGUAGAUAAAGAAUCAAUGAAAAAGGAAUUGGCUUCUUUCACAUACGAAAACGAGUCCAACAGUGCCAUUGAAAAUCAAAAGAAAAAAAACCAACCAUUUGUUUUUAAAAAGUUUUGCAAAAAUUUUCAGAAUGAUGAUAUUGGUCCCAAAAUUGUUGUAGAAAAUAAAAAAUCACAUGAUACAUCCGUUGUUCGAAAUACAGUUACGAAGUUUUCGAGCUUAAGUAAGGUAAUAUGUGCUAAAACAGAAUUACGAUGCAGUCUAGAUUCAGCUUAUGUAAAAAUUGAGAAUAGUUUUUUUCAUUCCGUUUCUGAAAACAUCAUGACUCAGCUUAAUAACCUUACUAAAGCACGUGAUGCUAAAUAA